GUGGGACAUUAUGUCCUAAUAUCCCUCUCGCUCCCUUAUAAAAUAAGAUAGUUUCUCUAAUCUUUCAUUCACUUAUCAUCGUAACAAAAAAAAGUUCUUAUCUUCUAAAGGAACUAAUCUUAUUUCUAUUUGUUUGAGAUGGCCCAAAUGACGAUGACCGUCGAGAAGAGGAUCGAAACUGACGUGGUGAGCCUCGGCGGUGUGAAAAGGGCUUACGUCACUUUCCUCGCCGGAAACAAAGACUACUGGAUGGGUGUGGUUGGUCUAGCCAAAGGACUUCGUAAGGUAAAAUCAGCUUAUCCUCUCGUGGUGGCGACUCUCCCUGACGUGCCUGAGGAACACCGUCAAAUCCUGGUGGCUCAAGGAUGCAUCAUCCGUGACAUCAAACCCGUUUAUCCUCCGGAAAACGAAACCGGUUAUUCCAUGGCUUAUUACGUUAUCAACUACUCCAAGCUUCGUAUUUGGGAGUUUGUGGAGUAUGAGAAAAUGAUAUAUCUAGAUGGAGACAUACAAGUGUUUAGUAACAUUGAUCAUCUUUUCGAUACUCCUCGUGGCUACUUGUACGCCGUGAAAGAUUGCUUUUGCGAGGUAUCUUGGUCUAAAACUCCUCAAUACAAGAUCGGUUACUGCCAACAGUCGCCUAAAAAAGUGACUUGGCCUGUUGAAAGCCUCCGUGCGCCACCGCCGGUAUAUUUCAAUGCUGGUAUGUUGGUUUUUGAACCAAAUCUUAUCACUUAUGAGGAUCUCCUUCGUGUUGUUCAAAUCACUACUCCAACUUAUUUUGCCGAACAGGACUUUUUGAAUGUGUACUUCAGAGACAUUUACAAGCCAAUCCCUUCGACCUACAACCUCGUCAUGGCUAUGCUUUGGCGUCACCCUGAACACAUUGACCUUGACCAAAUCAGUGUUGUUCACUAUUGUGCUAAUGGUUCGAAGCUUUGGAGAUUCGAUGGAGCUGAAGAGCACAUGGAUCGAGAAGACAUAAAAAUGUUGGUGAAGAAGUGGUGGGAGAUUUACGAAGAUUCGAGUUUAGACUACAAGAAUUUUGUCGAGACUGAGUCCAAGCUGAAUCCGGUCACUGCAACCUUGGCUUCCAAGGAAUCUGUUGGUGAUGCCCUAACGAGCCUUGCCCCCUCUGCCGCAUAACCAAUCCUU